ACCAAGCCUCCCUCCAGGAAUGGCACUCGCUUGAGAGCCUCCCUGUGCUGCACGCCCCGACGCCGCUGGGGCUGGGAGGGAGAACAGGGGGACUAUUGGGAUACAAAUCACAGCCCUCGCAGGAUUUGCCCGGCACAUCGGCCAGCAAUUGAGAAGAAGGACAGCGAGAAGGAAGGGAGAAGGCUCGAGAGCAACAAUGGCUGAUGACCAAGACCUUUCAGAGGUGGAGAUGAGCCCAGUGGGCUCUGAAGACCACCACUGUCUCUCGCCAGGACCCUCCAUGGCGUCAGAAAACUCCCCACAUCUCACUGGUUCUGGGAACGGGGAGAUGGGGAAGGUCAAGAAGGAACAGCAAGAUGCAGAGGCAGAUGAUGACAAGUUCCCAGUGUGCAUCCGUGAGGCAGUCAGCCAGGUGCUGAGUGGCUAUGACUGGACCCUGGUGCCCAUGCCUGUCCGGGUCAAUGGAAGUAACAAGAGCAAACCCCACGUCAAGCGGCCCAUGAAUGCCUUCAUGGUCUGGGCACAGGCUGCUCGGAGGAAGCUGGCUGACCAGUACCCGCACCUCCACAACGCCGAGCUCAGUAAGACCUUGGGGAAGCUUUGGAGGCUGCUGAAUGAAAGCGACAAGCGGCCCUUUAUCGAAGAGGCAGAGCGGCUGAGGAUGCAGCACAAGAAGGACCAUCCUGAUUACAAGUACCAGCCCCGUCGGCGGAAAAACGGCAAGGCCACACAGGGUGAGGGUGAAGGCCAGGUGGAGGGGGACGCUGGCGGGGCUGCUGCCAUCCAGGCCCACUACAAGAACGCCCACCUGGAUCACAGGCAUCCCGGUGAAGGGUCGCCCAUGUCUGACGGUCAUCCAGAACACUCCUCAGGUCAGAGCCACGGGCCCCCCACACCGCCUACCACUCCUAAGACCGAGCUGCAGGCAGGCAAAGCCGACUCCAAACGGGAAGGGCGUUCCCUUGGGGAAGGGGGAAAGCCACACAUUGACUUUGGCAAUGUGGACAUUGGGGAGAUCAGCCAUGAAGUGAUGUCCAACAUGGAGACCUUUGAUGUCAAUGAAUUCGACCAAUACCUGCCGCCCAACGGACACGCCGGCCACCCAGGCCAUGUCGGGGGCUAUGCGGCAGCGGCGGCUGCUGGCUACGGCCUUGGGAGCGCCCUGGCUGCAGCCAGUGGACACUCUGCCUGGAUCUCCAAGCAGCAUGGAGUCUCCUUGUCCACUGCCACCUCAUCAGUGGUGGAUUCCAAGGCCCAGGUGAAAACAGAGGGGUCCACCCCUGGAGGUCAUUACACUGACCAGCCCUCCACCUCCCAGAUAGCUUACACAUCCCUGAGUCUGCCCCACUACGGUUCGGCCUUUCCCUCCAUCUCCAGGCCACAGUUUGACUACCCGGACCACCAGCCCUCGGGACCCUACUACAGCCAUUCCACUCAAGCCUCUGGCCUUUACUCUGCCUUCUCCUAUAUGGGACCUUCUCAACGUCCCCUUUACACUGCCAUCUCUGACCCUGCACCCUCUGUGCCACAGUCCCAUAGCCCCACACAUUGGGAACAGCCCGUGUACACGACUCUCUCCAGACCAUAGGGAAUGGGAAACGGUGACCGAAGCAGCGAUGGAAAGGCUCCGAAGAAUCAGCAUAGGCAGAAGAGCCUCUGAACUCCAAGGUCACUCAGUGCCCAUCCAGUCACCAGAAUGCACUGAGUAUACCGAAGUGCCUUUCUUGACCCCAGCUAUCAUUGGCACACUCGCCUUGAGGAAGGUUUAUCAUCCUUUUGCCCUUUACCACUUUCAUGCAGGCCACACGACUGGCUUGCCACACCUUAUUUGCCUUCUAGAUGAGGAGGAUUCUAGACAUGGAGUGACUGGUCUGUGGUGGGUUUUGUGUGCACCAUGGACUGUACAAUGAGAGAGACUGUCCUUUCCUUCCCCUCCCCAGAUUGCUCCAGGGAGUUAGCAAGUGUUUCCAACAGGCUACAAUGGCAAGCACUUUGUCACCUACCGAAAGUGAAGGGUGGUUGCUCAGCCUUGGUGGAUGUGUAAGAGGAGCAGUAGGGAGGAUGGCAUGGACGGCUUCCUUGCAAUCAGCAUCGUGCAGCAGUCCUGCCUAAGAUUCACACGUGCAUGAAUCUUGAACCACUUGGAAGACCAACCUACACCUGCUUCCCUGCUGAUUUCCACAGCUGCACCCUAGCUUUUCUCCCCACCUCCUCUCUCCAUCCUGUCUCUGUUUAAUCUUACACUUUUUCCAGCAUGGGGAUUUUAAGCCUUGCCUGAACAGUGUAUGGGACUUGGGAACAGCGUUGUCAGUCUUAGUGUAACUCAUAUUACAGCCUGUGUGCACAUGUGUGUUCAUGAAUGGAGGUGGAGGAAAGGUGGGGAAGGACCAGUGAAUCACUACGGUGUUGUGGGUGAAUCCUCUUUUCUUAAAAUUACUCUGUAUCAUUCAUUUAUGUCGGGCAUUUCUGGCCUCUCAGUCUUUUCUAAUCUCUUCAGAAUCCCAAACAACCUCUAAGCAAACUUGGUCCUUGCUCUUCCAUGUUUGACUGUGCCUUCCUGAAAUGAAGAGGCACCAAGAAAGCUACUAUGCACUUGUCAACACCCUGAGGUGAUUCCAGUGCUCUUUGAACCCCCACUCCAACACCCAGAGGUGAUUCCAGUACUCUUUGAACCCCACUCCAAACCCAGGCUGAUGGGAUCUGUGUCCCCACUCAUUUGUUCAUCAUGUCUCCCAGUCAAGUCAGUCAACACCUCUCUCCCAUCUACACUGAGGAUGGAAAGAUACUCCUGUGGCUUUAAGCAAGGUAGAUACAGACCCAAUCUUGGAUGGGUGUAAAGAAGCCUAUUUAGGUGCAAAGGAAUCUAUUUUCCCCUUUGGGUUUCAAAGUCAAAGCAACCAGCUCUCCCAGUCAGACUAAUCUUUUUCAGUCCAACACCUGAGGACAGUCUGCUUGCUUCUCCUUUGUCACCUUCAGGACUGGGGUGGUUUGUCAUGCCAGGGAGUGAACUGGCACAAAACUCACUGCAGGAAAAGAUGACUCCUGCCAAUUGAUCACAGAGACAUUUGUGGGACUGUCCAGUGCAUAUUCCAGUCUAGAAAGAGACUUUAACCAAACGUGGACUGUGAUGGGCGCUGCUGUAUCCCUCUGCUGAUAUGACUGUCAGAUGCCUCUCCUGCCUCCCUUAGCUACAGAUGACUUAUCCUUGUGGUGUCUGAAAAGAUCACGUAGAAUGUUUGCUCCUUGUACGCAUGUAACUUCUUCCAGCCCUGUCCCCUUAUUUAUGCAAGUAGCACCUUCCUCCCUCACCUCCCUUUCCUCAGUCUCUAUGCUGUCCUAGCACCAUUAACUCUGCAUUAA